ACGACCGGAAGUUUCUGUCCGCGGCUUUGCGGGGAUAGGGGAGCGGUGGCCCUGGCAGUCGGGGAAUCCAGGUGCGGAGGCUCUGGGGCUUAGGAGGCAGACCGGGCCGUUGGGGAGACACAAACGGCGGGACACAGGCGGAACCCCGACCCGACUGGGCUGUCGUCCUCCUGGCGGCCCGCCCCUUCACUCCGCCUCACUUGGGGCUGAAGUGGCUCCGCCCCCUGGCCUGAGCCUGGUCCCUUCUCAGGCACUGACCCUUGACCUCGGGGCGCUCCCCCGUCAGGCGCGAUGGCUACAGGCGCGGAUGUGCGGGACAUUCUAGAACUCGGAGGUCCAGAGGGGGAUGCAGCUUCCGGGACCAUCAGCAAGAAGGACAUCAUCAACCCGGACAAGGGAUGCACCCCCACUGCUACCCAGUGACACUGGUCAAGGCUACCGCACAGUGAAAGCCAAGUUGGGCUCUAAGAAGGUGCGGCCCUGGAAGUGGAUGCCAUUCACCAACCCAGCCCGCAAAGAUGGAGCUAUGUUCUUCCACUGGCGACGGGCAGCUGAGGAGGGCAAGGACUACCCCUUCGCCAGGUUCAAUAAGACUGUGCAGGUUCCCGUGUAUUCAGAGCAGGAGUACCAGCUGUACCUUCACGACGACGCUUGGACUAAGGCAGAAACGGACCAUCUCUUUGACCUCAGCCGCCGCUUUGACUUACGUUUUGUAGUCAUCCAUGACCGGUACGACCACCAGCAGUUCAAGAAGCGUUCUGUGGAGGACUUGAAGGAGCGGUACUACCACAUCUGUGCCAAGCUUGCCAACGUGCGGGCUGUGCCAGGCACAGACCUCAAGAUACCGGUAUUUGAUGCUGGGCACGAGCGACGGCGGAAGGAACAACUAGAGCGUCUCUACAACCGCACCCCAGAGCAGGUGGCGGAGGAGGAGUAUCUGCUGCAGGAGCUGCGCAAGAUCGAGGCCCGGAAGAAGGAGCGGGAGAAGCGCAGCCAGGACCUGCAGAAGCUGAUAACAGCAGCAGACACCACCGCGGAGCAGAGACGCACAGAGCGCAAAGCCCCCAAGAAGAAGCUACCCCAGAAAAAGGAGGCAGAGAAGCCGGCUGUUCCUGAGACUGCAGGCAUCAAGUUCCCUGACUUCAAGUCCGCUGGCGUCACCCUGCGGAGCCAGCGGAUGAAGCUGCCAAGCUCUGUGGGACAGAAGAAGAUCAAGGCCCUGGAGCAGAUGCUGCUGGAGCUUGGCGUGGAGCUGAGCCCGACGCCUACCGAGGAGCUGGUGCACAUGUUCAAUGAGCUGCGGAGUGACCUGGUGCUGCUCUACGAGCUCAAGCAGGCCUGCGCCAACUGCGAGUAUGAGCUGCAGAUGCUGCGGCACCGGCACGAGGCCCUGGCCAGGGCAGGCGUGCUGGGGGGCCCUGCCACGCCAGCAUCCGGCCCGGCCCCCGCCUCUGUUGAGCCCAUGGUACCCGACCCCACUCUCGGCCCCGACCCCACCAAGGACACCAUCAUCGAUGUGGUGGGCGCACCCCUCACGCCCAAUUCGAGGAAGCGACGGGAAUCGGCCUCCAGUUCCUCUUCUGUGAAGAAAGCCAAGAAGCCGUGAGAGGCCACACGGGGUGUGGGUGCUGCUGUGUAAAUAGAGCUGCUGAGUUGGA